CAAGUCGUAUCCUGAGUUUCGAGCCUCGUGCUACCAAUCCAACUCAGAUCAAUGGCUGACAAGGAGAAGCACCCCUCUGGAUACGGAGCCAUACCGAGCCACGCGCGACAGGAUGUGGGAGCUAGCCCUCCACCGCUAAGUCCGCUGAUGCUGCACGUGAACAAGCACACGAACGCGCUUAAGGGCUGGGAGUUCCCCGGCUGGGGGGACCACUCCUCGACAGUGGCGAGCGAUACCGAGCUAAACGAGAUCCAAGCUCAUCUAUCCACGGACCACACCAAGCUGUCGGAGUGGCUGGCUACAGCUAUCUGCGGGAACGAUAUCUUGUCCAGCUGCCUGUACGUCUCGGGGCUUGUGGCGUCCAAGGCGGGUAAGCUGGCACCCGUGGCUUUAGCCAUCGUGGCUGGCAUUUUGUAUCUGUACCGGUUCAUCUACGGAGAAGUGCUGAAUGCCGUGCCACUUAACGGAGGGUCGUACAACGUCCUGCUCAACACCACGUCGAAGCGCGUGGCUGCCAUGGCUGCCUCCCUCGCGAUCUUGUCAUAUAUUGCCACGGGUGUGGUCUCCGGAACAUCGGCUUGCAACUACUUGGCGUCGCACGUGCCUUCGCUGGAGAUUGUGCCGGCUACGAUCGGUCUGCUAUUCAUCUUUGCUGUCCUGAGUCUCAUCGGCAUCACGGAAAGUGCUGUCGUGGCACUUGUGAUCUUUAUCGCUCAUGCAACGACGCUGGUGGUGCUCUGCGUGCUUUCUUCAAUUUAUAUCGUGAAGGAUGACUUCCAGACGCUGUGGGCGAACUUCGACACGGACUUCCCAGACAUCAACCUCGCCGGAGAUAUCAUGUCAGGCAACUUCUUGACAGCCAUCUUCUUUGGCACAUCAACUGCUAUGCUCGGUAUCUCUGGCUUUGAGACGUCUUCACAGUUUGUGGAGGAACAAGCUGAUGGGGUCUUCCCGAAAACCCUGCGGAACAUGUGGUGGGGCGUUGCUAUCUUCAAUCCGUUGAUCGCUCUGCUCUCGCUUGGUGUGUUGCCACUGAACGGCCCAGGCGGAAUUGUCGACAAAAGGAACACCGUCUUGGCUGAAAUGGGACUGAAGGUUGCGGGCGAGAAGAUGCAACUGAUCGUGGCGCUGGACGCGUUCAUCGUGCUAUCGGGUGCUGUUCUGACUGCAUACGUUGGUGUUGUUGGUCUCGUCCGUCGACUUGCUAGUGACCGCGUGGUACCGGAUUUCCUGCUUCACGUGAACAAGGCGCGCGGAACGAACCACUUUAUCAUCAUUGGUUACUUCAUGGUGGCAACAAGCUUGGUGCUGAUUCUGCAUGGCGACACGGAGACUCUGUCGGGCGUAUACACCUACGCCUUCUUAGGCCUCAUGACGCUGUUCGGCACCGGCUGCAUGUUGCUUAAGUUCAAGCGCGCUGAGAUUCCGCGCACGGUGAUCGCGCCGUGGUGGAGCUGCAUCUUAGGUGUGUUAAUGGUGGUGACUACGUUCAUGGGCAAUCUGCUGGGCGACCCGACGAUCCUGACGUACUUUUCGCUUUACUUCAUCGCGGUGCUGUCGCUUGUGUACAUUAUGUUCGAACGCACCUUCCUGUUGCGGAUGUGUCUUUACUGCAUGCGGCAGCUAUGCCCGUCUCAACGCAGCAACGAUGAGGACGAGACCCACUCGCUGCGUACUGGUGCCCGUGGUGGCCAGACAAUUGCGCGAUUCAUCCGAGAGAUCAACGAGCCGGCCGUGUUUUUCUUCUGCAAGACCCCGAACUUGAACAUUAUCAACAAGGCCAUUUUGUACGUGCGCACCAACGAACAGACGCGCACGCUGUUCAUUGUGCACUGCCACCCGCGUGGCACCGUAGUUCCUGAAGGUUUCAAGGAGACGGUGUCCAUGUUUGACCACGUGUACCUCAAGAUCAAGCUCAACUUCCUCAGCGUCGAGGGUCCGUUCGGCCCCGCCAUGGUCGAGUGGGUUGCACGCAAGUACAGCCAGCCCAAGAACCUCAUGUUCAUCAAGCAGCCGAACCACAACUUCGCCCACACCAUUGCGUCUCUCGGCGGUGUGCGAGUGAUCACCGGAUAAAUGCGUGGCCAGGCGGUCUGAGAAAGAAAUUCGCACUUCAACUAUGAUUGCUCUAAACGAGUCCUAGAGCUCCUAGGGUCGCUACUAGUAGUAACAUGAAGUAACAAUUGUCAACCGAAUGCGUGUUA